AGAAAAAUGUCACUGAGCACUCCAGAAAAAGACGGUCCUGUUUUGGAGGAGGUAGACAAAAACGAUCGUGUAUUGGUGUUAAGGAUCCGCCCCUAGAAGGCUUUAACAAGUCUGUCAUUCCAAAGUAUGAUCCAUUGACAGAUGUAAAUUACACUUUGACAAUGAGCCAAGCAAAUUGUUUGUACUGGUCUACUACGAUGGAAAAGUGGACGUCCGAUGGAUGUAAGGUAAGCUAUCGUCGAGAUAUCGAUAAAGCAUGGUUUAUUGAGGAUAAAGAGCAUCAAAUCCUUAUUAGGCAAUAGAGCGUUUUAACAUGACGUCACGGCCGCUAUUUUGGUGAUUCAAAACAAUGAAACGGCGGCCGUGUCGGUGUUGCAAACCAUUCCUGUGGGAGUUCAACUCUUUCUUUUAUGUAAACGCUUUUUUAGUGUAUAGAUGCUGGUCACGUGGGUUAAAACACUCUGUAAGUCCAAAUGGAAACCCUUACAGUUUUGAUGGAUGGUUAGUCACUCUGAAAUUUAUAUGAAUCCUAUUCCUUGGAGAUUAGUCUACCAUCACAAAUUAAACAACACGUGGGUUAAAGUUAUCAUUCUAUUGGGUCCUUAUUUGGUCUUUCGUGCCUUAGGUUGGCCUUGGCUCUGACAAAAAGAAGCUGAAGUGCCUUUGCAAUCAUUUAACAGCGUUCGGAGGAAACUUUAUACAGGCGCCAAAUCCCAUAGAUUUCGACAAAGUGUUCGUGGAAUUUACAAGACUAGGAGAAACUGGAAACGUAGCCGUGUUGAUAACGAUAUGUGUCGUGUUCCUCCUUUAUUUUGUGGUAACUGUCUUUGCAAGACGAGUGGACAAACGUGACGAAAAUAAGGUAUGAAAAUAGCUCCGAUCCAUAAGAAAUAAAUGACAUGCUCUAGAAAUAUCUAGUGCAAGAAGUAAUUUAAAAUUUCCAAACUAGCGUUUACUUUACCAACAAUCGGCGACAAAAUGAGUUGAGACACUUCGCCCAAAAGUAGGCUUUUUUACGAUUUAUGAACUUCAAAAGAAGGAAAUAUAGCUUUCCUCCCCCAUCCCGUCUAUACAAUGUUGAGCCCUUGUUCUAGCUACCUAUAGCAAACAACAAACACCCCAACUUUGAGGGGUGCGGAUUCUUUUGUUCUCCGUAGUCACCCUAUUUAAGUACAAUUUCUCAACAAUUUUGUCGCCGAUUGAAGAUACUUCAAAAACAAUUAGUAAAUAUAUAUAGCUCGAAGAGGCAGCGUGGCGUCGCACUCGCAAUCCUGCAGUCCCGGAUUCGGGUCCCGCUCCGACCACAAGCUGGUUUUGUUUCUCUUGAGCGUAGGGGAUCAGGAACGAGAUUGGUUAAUAGCCUGGAUAUAGCGAAAUACCGACCCAAAAACUGGCAUCUUGAGCAUAACCCUUUCAGUACCCGAGAUAGGCGUUGUAUACUAAAAGGUCCAAGAAGCUAAGGUCGUAGUAGGUCCUUUGAACGUUACUUUUUUUAUGACAAAAUAUUACAACUUCAAUCAAAGUAGAAUUACGAACUUCCAAAUAAGGACAUCUGCUGUCAAGUGUAACCAACAGAUAUGCUCCAAAUAUGGGGUCUAUCUUGUAUGCCUUCUCUUCUGAUGCUUCUCAUAAAAAGUAAGACUUGGACUGGAAAAAAAAUAUUCAAAGAAGCGGCUAAAAAAAGACGUCUCAAGAUUGGCCUGGACUGGACUGGGUAGGGGUAUCAAUAUACCCCUAGCGUUCCAAUAAGUGACUACAAUGGAACCUGUGAAAGGAAAAAAUACUAGUGAGGGUUCUAAAAUUUAUUUAUUGGCCAUGUGAAAAUAGGAUGGGUAAAUAAAUUAAUUAACCCGGAAAAACGUACCUUUGGCCAAUCUUUUAAAAACCUGAAAAUAAUCAUUGAAAAACCAAUGAAAGACCUUCGUUAUGUGGUUGGUAAGAAAGCAUUGUGACAUAACAUUUAUCUGGCUAUCCACAACAUGUAAAUCAUUCUGAUAUUCUAUUUUGCGACGUUUUCGUCCCUUAGAUUACCCCUCCGAGGACCGUAGUAGUUAAUGAAGGCGGAAGCUAUGUCUACGAAAUGGUGAUACGUACAGGUGUUUGGAAAGAUUCAGGUUCUACUGCGAACAUAUCACUUUAUAUAGACGGCAAGAUGGACGAAAGCAAGGAAAUCCAUUUGCGACGUAGGGGAGAAAACCCUGAACUAUUUUCCCGUGGUGGUGUUGACGGUUUUGUGCUAAUAACUAGUAACACUUACGGACCCCUGAAGGCAAUAACGUUAUCUCAUGAUAACUCUGGCAACGAUCCAUCGUGGUUUCUUGAAACGUUGAUCAUAAAGGAUAAACAAACUGGGGAAGUGUGGAAUUUCUUAGUGAAUAGGUGGCUAGCUGUUGAAAAGGGUGAUGGUCAAAUACAAGUUACAGUGCCAUGUUUCAACACAAGAGAUUUUGGAUUCUCAGAUCAGGUGCGAUCGAUGACCCCUCGAAUUUUAGCCGAUAGUCAUAUUUGGUUGUCAGUUGUUGGCAAAGCAUCGAGCAGUACAUUCACACGAGUGCAAAGAGCGUCUUGUUGCCUUUCCGUUCUUUUUACUGCCAUGAUUGCAAACGCCAUGUUCUACACUAUUGGCGGGGAAUCACUAGCGGCAAUUCGGGUUGGACCAUUUAAGUUCUCGUGGCAGCAGAUCGUCAUAGGAGUUCAAAGCGGAGUGAUUGUUGCGCCAGUGAACAUCCUGAUUGUACUACUCUUUCGCUUGAGCAGGCCAAGGCAGCGGAGAGAUGAUAAAUACAAAACUGGCACGGAUUCAUUUCAUCUUGUUGAGGAGGCGAGGAAAUCGAGGUUUACACUGCCCCACUGCUUCAUCUACAUCGGAUGGUUCCUUUGUAUCACCACGACACUAACAAGUGCCGCUUUCACGCUUUUUUACAGCCUUAUGUGGGGAAAAGAGCUUGCCGAGCAAUGGCUUGCAUCCAUAAUGACUUCUCUAGCUGAGGAUAUAUUCGCUGCGCAGCCAAUGAAAGUGUUACUAGUUGCUUGUGUAAUAUCCUUGUUGACAAUCCGACGAAAAAAGGGGUGUAACGCUGCAGUUAGAGAUGCAGAAACCUAUGGACAAAUGAGCGAUGGCGAGUUCGAUGAUGAUCCAAAGAAAACGUUGAGACGUUAUGAACUUUCAAAGAUGCGCGACAACAAGAAAAAGGACGUGAAACUACUAGGAAUGAUGAGACAAAUAAUUCUGCAUACCUUAUUCGUAUUCCUCAUGGCCAUCACUUGCUAUGGGAACAAAAACAACAACCGCUUCCUAAUGACAGCAGCGGUGAAGCAACCGUUUCUAAAGUUUGACAAGGUA